AUGCUAGAAAAUAAAUUACUUGUUGAAUACUUUUCCAAUCUUUUAGCCACGCAUUGUUUACCCUUUGAGGAAUUCACCAAACUGAUUAAAGAAUCAGAUAUCAAUGCUACUGAGCAAGAAAUGAAAAGAUGGUAUUCCAUUUUACAAGAUCAAGACAAUCUGCUAUUGAAUCAGAUAACUCAACAGAUUAAAGAUGUGUUACUAUUGUUUAAACAAAUUAACAUAUCUGACUUCACAGAGAGAGAAAUGAAACAAUAUUUUACUUUGGAGACCUUUAUUAAUAAUCUUUAUGAGAUGGGGCUUCUCUUAGAUAAACGAUUGGCAUAUAUAAAUUCAGAAUUAGAAAAUCACACCAAUAUAUUACAUAAUUUUUAUGAUUCACUAAAAUUAGUGGGAGAUAACACAGAUGAACAGAAUCAGAACGCAACUAUUGAUAGAUUGAUUGAUAAACUAAAAGGAUUGAAAGAUAGUAUGAAGAAGCUUGAAGAUAUAUAG